AGUAGCGUAUUUUCUUAAAGAAAUAUUUAACUGUAAAGAGUUUGCUUAGGUAUAUGCACUAAUAACGAUAACUUCAAAGGUAUAAGGAGUAACGUUAGUUUCAAUAUGAAAAUAGUAAUGCAACGAGUGACAAGAGCUAGUGUUUCAGUUGAUGGUGAAGUUAUCAGUAGCAUUGGAAAUGGUCUCUGCAUCUUAAUUGGUAUAAAAAGAGAUGACACGAUAGAGGAUAUGAAAUAUAUAGUAAAAAGAAUAUUAAAUACUAAAAUUUUUGAUGAUAAUAAUAAGAAAUGGAGUACCAAUAUUAUGGACAAACAAUAUGAAAUAUUGUGUAUUAGUCAGUUUACGUUGUACCAUACUCUAAAAGGAAAUAGAUUAGAUUUUCACAAAGCUAUGCCUGCUCAAGAAGCUGAACAAUUUUAUAAUAAAUUUCUUGCUGAACUUGGUAAAAAUUAUAAACCAGAAUUGAUUAAAGAUGGUAAAUUUGGAGCAAUGAUGGAAGUUAAUAUAAAAAACAAUGGACCUGUAACAUUAGAAAUAGAAUCCCUAAAUAAGCUUAAUAAAGCAAAUGAAUGUGAUGAUGUAUAA